UAGCAACUAAGGAUUCUAGCUAUAAAUGGGUAAUCCCGAGCUGGUCCCUCCCUCUCUUUCUUUCUCUCCCCGGCGACGCUCGCUCCAGACACUGCUGUAUCCCUCUCGUUUUUCCAGCCACGGAAAUCGGUGAACCGAUCGGUGCGCUCUGAUUUUUCAGUUGUCUGGGGAUAGGUCGCGUUUAUCUGUACGUUUACCGCGGAUGUACGUGAACCCGGAACCAACUCACAAUUUAGACAAAACAAGAAACCUCGCUAAGUGAAUCUAUUGGGUCUGCUGCUGUGCGUUCGAACCGAGCAGAUCCUUCUUCUGUGCGAUCAUUUCCUCCUAUUUGUAGAGGAAGGGUGUUAUGGGGUGUUAGUUUUCGAAGUGAAAUCUCAGAAGUUGGUUUACUUUCGGGACUCGUAACGUGUUGCUCUAGUUUAUCAUGUACUUAAUGUAGAGUUACUGAAAUCUAAAACAAAUCUGUAAAGUGCUGCGAUCAAGCCCAUCACUGUGUAAUGUCACAGUUGUCAAAUUGGAGCCCAGAUGGGGAACAAAACAAAACAAAACCGUAGGCUAUAGCUCGCACUUCUACGGAUCGAUCCAGCACGCACAUUUAUGCCAAAUAACGCAUAGGGGCAAAACCAUCUCUCACGGAUUUCUCUCUCCAUCUCAACUGCAUAAUAUAGCCAAUAAUUUAGUUUUUUUGUUUUGUUUUUCUAUGUCAAACUGUAGGCUAGGCUACUCACUGAAAGACCUUUUGCAAUACCCAGCUCUGACCGAAGCGGAAGAGGACAGUUUUUUUCUGUCUGAGAUACGGGACACUGGAUUUACCCGCUGGUGGAGACAGUGACUGUGUGUUAGUGAGGUGAGCUGAGCAAAGGAAAUGAGCGCUCACUGAGACCAUCUCUUGCCGUCUGACUACCCUCAGCAUCCGGGUAAGGACUGUGCCUCUCUACCACACAGUUUCGUGCAACAGAAGAAGUAGUCAACGGAUCAUGUCCCCACUGUUACAUGGAAACUAAUGCACUUCCGGGUCCAGAAAUUCAUCCACUGACCCCACACACUACUUCUACAAUACCCAUGAUUCCUGUCUGCAAAAAAGUAAGGACUUAGGUGUUGAAGCCCUUAGGUGACUUGGACUUCCUUGUUUUACUAUUGAACUAUUUCAGCACCACUAGCCAGUUCUUAGUUGACAACAGUGAUCUUAGAGGGACUGUAGAGGCACUGAGAGACAGCCAUAGAGUAAAGAGAGAAAAACAAAGAACAACGAAAACAAAAUGGCCAACAACACGGCGGACCACCCGGGGAACUCUGUUGCCGAUGGCAACCAAGAAGGGGACUUUGGCAUCACGGUGAUGGAUCUCCGGGACCUGAUGGAGCUGAGGAGCGGAGAGGCCGUCACCAAGAUAGCCGACUCCUACGGAGACGUGCAAGGGCUCUGCCGCAGGCUCAAGACAUCACCCAUCGAGGGUCUGUCUGGUAACCCAGUGGAUCUGGAGAAGCGCCACACAGCGUUUGGGAAGAACUUCAUCCCUCCUAAAAAGCCUAAGUCUUUCCUGGCGCUGGUGUGGGAAGCUCUACAGGAUGUUACUCUAAUCAUCCUGGAGAUUGCUGCCGUCAUCUCGCUGGGCCUGUCCUUCUACCACCCUCCCGGGGGAGAUAGCGAACUGUGUGGUGAGACAGCAUCUGGAGUGGAGGAUGAGGGCGAGGCACAGGCGGGCUGGAUCGAGGGCGCCGCCAUCUUGUUCUCUGUUGCCAUCGUUGUCUUGGUGACGGCGUUUAACGACUGGAGCAAGGAGAAGCAGUUCCGCGGGCUGCAGAGCCGCAUCGAACAGGAGCAGAAGUUCACCGUCAUCCGCAAAGGCCAGGUCAUCCAGAUCCCUGUGUCCGAACUAGUGACAGGAGACAUCGCCCAGAUCAAAUACGGUGAUCUGCUGCCAGCUGAUGGUAUCCUGAUCCAGGGCAACGACCUGAAGAUUGACGAAAGCUCUCUGACUGGUGAAUCAGACCAAGUCAGGAAGUCCCUCGAGAAAGACCCCAUGCUGCUGUCCGGCACCCAUGUGAUGGAGGGAUCAGGUAGAAUGGUGGUGUCUGCAGUGGGUCUCAACUCCCAGACUGGAAUCAUCUUCACUCUGCUGGGGGCGGGAGACGGCGACGUGGAAAAGAAGAUCAAGAAAGGUAAAAAACAAGGACCCCCCGAAAAUCGCAACAAAGCUAAGACCCAGGACGGCAUUGCCCUGGAGAUCCAACCCCUGAAGAGUGAGGUUGAGUCCGAGGAGAAGGAGCCGGAGGUGGAGGUCAAACAGGUGAAGAGGGUUCAGAUCACCAAGAAGGAGAAGUCUGUGCUGCAGGGCAAACUCACCAAACUGGCUGUGCUAAUCGGGAAGGCAGGUCUGAUCAUGUCAGCAGUGACGGUGAUCAUUCUCAUUCUGUACUUCGUGAUUGACACGUUCGGGGUGCAGGGUCGCCCAUGGCUGAAGGAGUGUACCCCCAUCUACAUCCAGUACUUUGUCAAGUUCUUCAUCAUCGGAGUCACUGUGCUGGUGGUGGCUGUGCCUGAGGGGCUGCCUCUAGCCGUCACCAUCUCUCUGGCCUACUCUGUCAAGAAAAUGAUGAAAGACAAUAACCUGGUGCGUCACCUGGAUGCGUGUGAGACAAUGGGGAACGCUACGACCAUCUGCUCCGACAAGACAGGCACCCUCACAAUGAACCGUAUGACCGUGGUGCAGGCCUACUUGGGAGACACACACUACAAGAAAGUACCGGAACCCGACGUCAUCAAACCAUCCACACUGGAAGUCCUGGUCAACAGCAUCGCCAUCAACUCAGCCUAUACUACUAAGAUUCUGUCCCCAGAGAAGGAGGGAGGUCUGCCCCGCCACGUUGGCAACAAGACGGAGUGCUCCCUAUUGGGCUUUGUGCUGGAACUGAAGAGAGACUACCAGCCAAUCAGGGACGAGAUUCCUGAAGAGAAUCUGUACAAGGUGUACACCUUCAACUCGUCCCGUAAGAGCAUGAGCACGGUGCUGAAGAACACAGACGGUAGUGGCUUCCGCAUGUACAGCAAGGGAGCUUCCGAGAUCGUCCUACGCAAAUGUUCUCAUAUCCUGAACACGAACGGGGAGCCACGUAUCUUCAAGCCUAAGGACCGUGAUGAGAUGGUGAAGGUGGUGAUUGAGCCCAUGGCCUGUGACGGUCUAAGGACCAUCUGUGUGGCCUACAGGGACUUCCCUGCCGAGGCAGGAGAACCAAACUGGGACAACGAGGCCGAUAUCCUCAACGAGCUCACCUGCAUCUGUGUGGUCGGCAUUGAGGACCCCGUCAGACCUGAGGUACCUGAUGCUAUCCUCAAGUGCCAGAAGGCUGGCAUCACCGUGCGCAUGGUUACCGGGGACAACAUCAACACCGCCCGUGCCAUAGCAACCAAGUGUGGCAUCCUGUUGCCGGGCGAGGACUUCCUGUGUCUGGAGGGCAAAGAGUUCAACCAGCUGAUCCGUAAUGACCAGGGAGAGGUGGAGCAAGAGCGUCUGGAUAAGGUGUGGCCCAAGCUGCGUGUGCUGGCUCGUUCCUCUCCCACUGACAAACACACUCUGGUCAAAGGUAUCAUGGACAGCACCGUCCUCGAGACACGACAGGUGGUGGCUGUGACAGGCGACGGAACUAACGAUGGCCCCGCCCUGAAGAAGGCUGAUGUUGGAUUUGCUAUGGGUAUCGCCGGUACGGACGUGGCUAAGGAAGCGUCAGAUAUCAUUCUGACUGACGAUAACUUCACUAGCAUCGUCAAGGCUGUCAUGUGGGGCCGCAAUGUCUAUGACAGCAUCUCCAAGUUCCUCCAGUUCCAGCUCACUGUCAACGUGGUGGCCGUCAUCGUGGCCUUCACUGGCGCAUGCAUCACACAGGACUCUCCUCUGAAAGCGGUGCAGAUGUUGUGGGUUAACCUGAUCAUGGACACCCUGGCUUCCCUGGCCCUAGCAACCGAGCCCCCCACUGAGUCCCUGUUGCUGAGGAAGCCAUACGGCCGCAACAAGCCCCUAAUCUCCCGCACCAUGAUGAAGAACAUCCUGGGUCAUGCCGUCUACCAGCUCACAAUCAUCUUCACCCUGCUGUUCGCUGGAGAGCACUUCUUUAACAUCGACAGUGGGCGCAACGCGCCCCUCCACUCGCCGCCCUCGGAGCACUACACCAUCGUGUUCAACGUGUUUGUCAUGAUGCAGCUGUUCAACGAGAUCAAUGCCAGGAAGAUCCACGGAGAGAGGAACGUUUUUGAGGCCAUCUACCUUAACCCCAUCUUCUGUAGUGUGGUCCUGGGAACCUUCGUCCUGCAGAUUGUCAUUGUCCAGGUUGGAGGGAAGCCCUUCUCCUGCACCGCUCUGACCAUCGACCAGUGGCUCUGGUGUGUGUUCAUCGGAGUGGGAGAGCUGCUUUGGGGACAGCUGAUCUCAGCCAUCCCCACCCACCACCUGAAGUUCCUAAAGGAGGCUGGCCACGGCACCCAUAAGGAGGAUGUCCCCGAAAACGAGAUGAACGAGGGGGACGAUGAGAUCGACCACGCUGAGAUGGAGCUCCGUAGAGGUCAGGUCCUCUGGUUCAGGGGCCUCAACCGCAUCCAGACUCAGAUUAAGGUGGUAAAUGCGUUCCGUAGCUCUCUUUACCCGGGGCUAGAGAACCGAGAAUCAAAAAAUUCCAUCCAUAACUUCAUGGCCCACCCUGAGUUUGUUCCCCUGUCUGAGGAAGAGGCGCGGAUCCCUGACAUCGAUGAAAGCAGCAGUGAUGAGGUGGAGCUCCAGCAUAUGCCCAGCUCCUUCUCUGGGGGGGCAGAAGCUCCAGACAUCAGCCACGAGGCCUCCUGCUGAUCACCUCCUCUCUUCUCCUCUCUUCCAUUCUGCUCUGUCCAUCCCCCCUGUCGGCCGGCUGGUUACCCUCCUGCACUUCCUCUCUUCCACCACCAGGAGGACAAGCGGUACGCCACUCAUCUCACAGAGGGUAGACCCAGAGCAGGCAAGGGGUCCCAGUGUCUCCCCCUCUUCACCUUACCCUCUUCACCUACUCCUCGUCCUCCGCCUCCUGUUCCCUCCACUUCCUGAACCCUACACCUACCUCUCACCUGCCCCACCCACCCACCCCACCUUGCCAUUCCCAUGGGCUGGCACUGACUGUGGUGUGUAUGCCCUUUAAGUAUGUGCAGCAGAGUGACAUAUAGACCAUCAAAUCACAUCGCGCCCCAAACUCAUGGGUGGGAGGGGCCAUGUGGGGUCCACCAGUCUGCUCUGUCGAAGGCUGUAGCCUGUCCUACUGUCCAUGUUUGGAGUUUUAAUAUCUUCUUUUUUUGUCCUGUAACAUUUCAUUGUUUUAUUUUAACCUCAGAUAGCUCAGAACUGAAACACAACAUGUUUAUCCUCUUGUACGUGCUAAUUACACCCUGCAUACACUAACUGACACAGAACUUUUAGAGUAUAUCUAUGUGUACAUACAGUAUAUAUGCUUUAUAGGCUCUUCAGCACAGCUCCAAGCUGAUUUGAUGAUCAGAUGGACAUGGGCCAUGUGAUUUAACAGCUUUCAGCUACUAAGUUUUGCCACUCCAUUUCUCAAUCUGUGUUUUAACUGUACAGUGUGUAUGCAUUGGAUCUGUUUUGAAGCAAGAUGUACUAAUGGGUUAUGCAGUUCAAUCCAGGAACCCAUGUCUUCAUUCAUUCUGAUAAACUACAUAUUUUCAAGGAUGAAGGUUCAACCGUCUAAACAUCUCUCACUUUAGUUUGGUUCUUCUGGGUCCAUUUGACAUGAUUUUAUUAUGAUUUCUCCUGUUUUUAUGGAAGGAAAGUACAAAGGAUGCUAGUCUAUAUUAACAGAAAAGAGAACUAUCUUAAAACAACACAUUCAAAGAAAAGCUAGCAGCAGGCUAGAGCCAGAGGGAACCCCCUCUCUGUGGAGUGGGAUCAUAGCAAGACCAUGUGGAAAAAAAGGGAGGGGCAUCUCCCUCAUCUGAUAACAUCAUCCCAUCCAAUCAGGGUUCUGGUUUUCCCUAGCCCGUUGAGAGGAAGUUGACAGCUUACGAUACUGCCUCAAUAUGGAGUAAGAAUAAGAACGUCCGUUUCUCCCUCUCUCGUAUGCGUAACGUAUUUGAUCCAUGUUUCAGCCGUGUUAAAUAUAAUGGGAAUUUAGAGAUUGUUUUGGGAGUCAUUAUUUGUCGGGGUUAGGACCUACCUUUUCCUGUGUUUAAGACAGAAAUGGGUAGUUGUUUUUUCUUUAGUCUGUCACUCCUUUUUUCCACACAUAAAAAAACAGAACACGAACACAUUCUGAUCUGUACCUUAACAAGGAAAAUGUACAACUCUUUUUUCACUGUUGACGAAAGGGCGUUGGGCUUGUUCCUGUUAGCUACAGCUUGACCGUGUGUGUCAUUAUCGAGUGUCACUGUGUCUGCUUCAGAGUGACAAAGGACUAUCGAUCUCUACCACAAUGCCUCUGGGAGAUGCAACCAUUAGAGGCUGGCCUGCUAGCAUAGGGACACAACACAUCCCCACAUGUCCUCUAGGGUCAACCCACCUACCAACCAACCCACCAACCACAGAUAAUGGCCUAACAAGAAGAGGAAUACUCUAACAAGAAGAGGAAUACUCUAAGAAGAAGAGGACGAUACAACCAGAGAUGUUGAGAACAUGAGAGCUCCUGUAUUGUGUGGUGUAUGUCGUUGUUUUAAAUGAUGGUACAGAGAGUUUCAACUUGGGCUGACUCCCACUCCGACCACCAACUCUGUGACAGAGAGUGUGAAGCCCUCAACAGGAUAUGUGCUAUCGAUGUACUACUGCCAUAUUUUCAACCUUAUUUUCAUAUCUAGGUUACUUACUUCGAUAGAACCCUCUGAUGAUACACCUUUUCUACUUACUCAGAGACAUAUUUUAUAGGUUGUUGUUGUUGUUUCGUACCCCAUCGUUAUUGAGGUUUCAUUUCUAUUCCACUCUGACCCCAAAAUUGAUGGAUGCAAAACAACGUGUCACUGCCAAUAUAUGUGUCAUGGACUACAACGAUGUUUACAGAACAUAGUCUGCCUGCUGCCGUAAGCCUGCUGCCGUAAGCCUGCUCGCGCUGCGCCUCCCUCUUCUGGCUGGUCUCCUUGCUUAGUACAUCAUUAUUGGGAAGCUUUCUUGCAUGAUUUUCAUAUAAACUAAAUGUUUUGUUCAUUUUUUACAAUUCUUCUGUAUUUUUAUAUUUAGUAUUUUUUAAUAUUUUGGAAUAUAUAUGUAUAGGCUGAAGUGUUUUGGUGACAGUACAGUCCAUGAAGGAGAUGAAUCAACAGCAGAAUAUGUUUCUAUAUACAGUAUAUUUAUGCCACAUUUGUAACCCAUGGUUGGUUGUCCGAUGCUGGGGCUAAGGAAGCUAAAAAUAAACUGUUUACUCACUGUAGGCCAUGCGAUUGGACAUACUCUUUCAGCAAUCUAGCCUUACCACCUCUUUCCCUUCACUAUAUACAGUCUUAAAGAGACAGUAGCUUAAAUUCUGCUAUUUCUCUCAGUAACUUAAAUCAAAUGAGGCCCCAAUGAAAGCGAGUCAAAUAGAACAUGGUAGUAAACAGAACAUUGAAGUAAUGUUAAAUUAAUUUGGAGUAUAUAUGAUUUUUAAUCUCUAUAUAAAUAUAUUUAUUACAUGGGGUCUGUUCUUUCAGACUAAUAUGACUGGGAGUUUAAUUUAUUUUUUGAGAGGAUUGGUGCACUUAGACAACUGGGUAGUGACUUUAGUCGACUUGUCGAAAAGAGGGRAUGAAUUUCGAUUUCAUCCAAAUCAAGCGUUAACCUUUUUUAUUCUAAUGACUUAGGAAACUGUUUAGAGUAGAACUGUUAAACCGGUAGUGACAUCACUUCCUCUUCCUAUUUGUGUCCGUAAACAGAAACAAGAUGCUUUUGCUGUUGUGUCCGUUACAUGCUGACCAAACCGGCUCUACACGUGCGUCAUCGUGUGCAUAUUGAUUUUGUCUAUCCCUACCAGACACGUUCAUGACACGUAGGUUAAAAUACCAAAACCAACUUUUAAUUAGCUAUAUUAAUUUGGGGAAAGGUCGAAACACACAUGAAACAUUUGCUGUUGCUAGCUAAUUUGUCUAGGAGAUAAACAUUGGGUUGCUGUUUAGUUAUUGAUCUCUCCUUGUUCAUCUUUCUUCUGUGGAUUUUAUAUGGCUGUGUGGACCUUGUUCAUCUUUCAGUCACUCACGUGGGUAUAUGCUUGUAAAAACCAAUGAGUAGAUGGUAAGGCGGGACUUACAGCGCAUUAAGCGUCUAAAAUAGAACCAAGUUCUAUUUUAGUGCCUGGCUAUGCAGACGCCCGUUGAUGCGCAUGAGCAGUUUGGAUUAAAUGAUUGAAUAACAUGUAUGUGGACAUUUAUUUUCCAACACUCGCGCACACAAGUGGACAGUUUGGUCAGCAUGUUAGACAGACAGACUCAUUUUCGGGACACAUUUUGGGGACUCGUUUUCAAUGGUAAAUCUUUCUUUUCUUCUGAGAUAAUCUAUUUGGAAGACUGCACUUCUACAUUUACUACAUUUACUAAUAUACUGUGUAAAUAUUGCCAUGGGAUGAUUUUGAACUUUGAACUCUAGGUAAUGAAAAGGGGACAGUCAGUCAGUGAUCACCUAGCAUAGCUUUAAGAAUGUUCUGCCAAAGUCUUGUUUUGUACAAUUUCUUCUUUUUUUUWAUACUUUUUCUUUUUGACCAGAUUGUUUUAAACUAUUAUUGUCAGGUGAAUGUAUUUCCAUACUUUCCAUCUCCUCAAAAUAGCAAAUGUUGUUGCAUGUAAAUGUGGACAGAGAAUGCAAAGAACUUGAAGCGUCGCUAAGAUUGUCUUUCUUCUAUUGCCAUGGUUGUGCUGUUGUGAUCUCUUAUUGAACUGGUUGCCCUUCCAUUCUACAGGUGAACAGAUACUCCAUCCGCUAGAAACACCCCAAUCUUUUUGUUUGUUUGCUGUUUUGUUAUUAACCUUGGCACAACUGUACUARAGAAGCAGACCAACAGGUCUGUAUGUCUGAGGUGGAUGGAGAACUAAAGAACAGCCAGACAGUCCUUACAAAGUUUGGUUUCUCUGUUGGACAAGCCCAUUGCUGCUUCUGACCAAUCUGUAAGACCUUUCCUCUUAUUGCACAUUGUCUCAUGUAUGACAAAAUGAACAUGCUAAGGCAUUGUGCAAUAACUGUUGACUGUAAAGGACUGCAUUGCUUCUCCAAAGCGUUGUCUUUCUUAGAUAGCUUUCUUUUCUUUGGGUUUGGGGGAUUUCUUCUGGGGCAGCUUCUCCGCAGUUGUAAAUAAAUAAAAAAUUGAAAACUGGAAUAUCA